AUGGCUCACUCAUCUAUAUCAUCACGAUCAGGAGAUACAGUUCAUACUCUUGAAUCUGAACUUCAACGUAAUGGUCCAUAUAUAUUAGCUGGACUUGGUGUUAGUGGUGGUGUUCUUCUUUUGGCUAAUCGAAAUAUUCCAGCAAUGAGUAUUCCAAUACUAUCAUCAGCUGCUGAUCGUAUUGCUUAUGCUCUUCGAUGGACUGGUCUUGAGGGAAUUUCAAUGGUUACAGCAGUUUGGUGUGUUAUUGGUGUACGUUCUAAAUAUGGAAUUGAACCAACAGCAACUGAAGGCAAUCAUCAUUUACAAAUGGCACAACGAAUUUUAACAAAUACAACUGAAUCAUUUCUAACAUUUACUGCUGCUAAAUUAGCUUUAGCUUCUGUACUUGAAUCAAAUAAUCUUCGUAUUAUUCCUGCAUUAUCAAGUCUUUUUAUUCUUGGACGAUAUACAUUUGAUGCAGCAAUCAAUCAUCCAUCACGUUCAUUUGGUUAUACUAUUAAUGCAGUUGCUACAUUUACAGCUUAUGGUUUAUUCUUGUACAAAUUAUUUAAAGGUGGUCUUCAUUCUAAUCUUCUUCCAUUUUCACUUCGCUAA